AUGACUGAUUCUCUUCCUCCAAUUCCUUCCUUGAAUUUUGUUUAUCAUCUCGUAUCGGAGAGUGCCUAUUUGAAAGAUGUACAAGAACACAACGGUCAAUAUUUCAAUGGUGAUAAGAGGGAUGGCUUUCUUCACAUGUCCAUUGCUUCCGAAGUUGAAAAGAGUUGCAAAUUGUAUAUGCACUCUGUAAAGGAUUUGAUAAUAUUAAAGAUUGAUAUCAAGAGUUUGGAAGCUAGAGUUUCAAGUUCAACUGUUGUUGAGAAGAUUGCCUACGAUUGGGUUCCUGCAAGAAGUAAUUAUUUUCCUCAUCUCUAUGGAUUAUUACCAGUCGAGUGUAUUGUAGAUAGAAUUUCCGUGCCAGUCGUUCAAGAUGAACACUCUUUUGAUGGUAUUCACUUGGAUAAUUAA